CAGGAACAAACCUAAAGUUAAAUUAGAGACUAAUUACCAGCUGUGUUUUGGAAUUUUUUUAUGACAAGUAAUUGUUUACGUUUUUAGGUUAGAAAUAUUAAUAAGUGUAAUAUGGGACAUAAACAUUCAAAGCAUAGAUCAAGACUGAGAUCAAGACCUGAGUGCACUGAAAUAGUGGAGAUUGAAUCAUCAGUGGCUGAAAUCAAACAUGAACAAGAAAAAUGCGAAAUCGAAUAUCCAGAAAAAUUGAAUAAAAUUAUAGACGCAGUGGAAAAAAUUAAAGGUGACAUAAAAAGUAUGUCGCAGGAUGACCUUGUAUUAUAUUUUGCGACCAUGAAAGAUGAGCUCCACAACAACUGGCGAUACACGUACGAGUUAAAUUUCGAAAAUUCCCUUUUAAUGGAGAAAAAGAAUGAAAUUAUAGACGACAUAAAGAAGCAUAUCGACUAUUUAAAUCGUAAAGUGUUGAAUAGAAGUUGUGUAGAGUUAUAGAAUAA